AUGGACUCUAUCAAGAACGCCGCCAACUACGUCAGCGACAAGGUCAACGAGGCCACCUCAGGCGCCUCCAAGGAGGCCAACAAGGAAGUCGCCAAGGACUCCAACGUUGACGUCUCGACCCGUGCCUCGGCGGCAAAGGAUGCCCUAGGUGACAAGGCGGACGAGCACAAGCAUGGCGCUUCUGCUGAGGCCAACAAGCAGCGUGCUACCCACUAA